GGCAUUCUCGCCUCAAGCGUGGCUCCGAAAGGUAUGUCUCUCGUCGGACGGUUAUCUCUAGUGACGGGAGGCGCCAGCGGCAUAGGUGAGGCCACAUGUCUCGCCUUAGCCGGCGAAGGUGCGACGUUGGUUGUCGCCGACAAGCAGCUGGAGGGUGCACAGAAGGUGACCGAAACCUUGCCAGGGGAUGCGAAACACUGUGCUAUGUACGUGGACGUGGCUGACUCCGCUUCCGUGGAUCAGCUCUUCCACAACGUCGAGAGGACAUUUUCGCAGCCGCUCAGCAUCGUCGUCAACUGUGCCGGCAUCUUCUCAGCGGCUCCUUUCGUCGAGUGCAGCGAUGAACUGUUUGAUGAAGUUAUCAGGGUCAACCUGAGGGGCACCUUCCUUGUGGCCAGGGCCGCCGCCCGGCAUAUGGUCAAUGCCGGCAAAGCGCUGCCCGAUGGAGGAGCAGCUAUUGUGAACGUCGCCAGCAUCAUGGCCAAGUGUGGCUGGCCAGACGGAGCAGCUUACUGUGCGUCCAAGGCAGCCGUCGUGGCCCUCACCAAGUCCGCCGCGCAAGAACUGGCGGCGCACCGCGUUCGCUGCAAUGUCGUGCUCCCCGGCAUGACGGAAACGCCGAUGAUCGCCGGCAUACCCGAAGAAAUAAAGGCCUCGGGUCGCGAGGCGACACCGCUGAAGAGGUGCGGCAAGCCGCGAGAGAUCGCCGAGGCCAUCAAGUACCUGUGCGUGCCGGCUGCUAGUUCCUUCGUCACUGGCGCUGCUCUCGAGGUCACUGGAGGAUUCUACAUGUGAAGACAGAGUUUGCAUCGGCGUUCAUGGAGCCUGUCUCAUGCUGAGCUGCCAUGGGUGCGCAUGUUGACACGCUUCGUAUACAGUAAAUUUGAAAACAAUAGUGGGCACUCGGCACAGGCCUAUUCCACCGUGUGACAGAAACUGAACAUUACAAAAUACUUGGUUCCUAAAUAUGUGGUGGUGAUGUUGCUACAGGCAGGGCUAGCCUGGUAGACUUGGCCGGCAAUCGCACCGCCUAAAUGUCUGUUUCCUGCCAAAUAUGUCACCAUCACUCGGUCAACGCAGUCUCUCGCAGAAAUGCGAGAAGAGUGCGCGGCUGUUGCUAUCGAAUUAUUCACUAGUUUUACGGGAGUAUGAAAUGUUUUAAACAUUCGUGACGAAGCCUUCCUCUUCCCAUAUUGUCCAGAAGUCUCCUCCUUUCAGGGCAGAUACGCUUGCAUGACCAGAUGAAAUGUUCGCUGUCACCUACUUGAUCGCACUCAGCCCACGAUGAAGCAACGCCGCUAACUUAGAAGAUUAAUGCAAGGGUGCAGGCCGAUUAUGCUCUUACUCUGUUGACCCGCGGCGGUAGAUUAGCGGCUAUGAUAUUGCGCUGCUACGAGAUUGCGGGAUUAAUUCUGGCCGCGUCGGCCGUAUUUCGGUGGGGGCGAAACGCAGAAACUCCCCGUUCCCUUGCAUUGUAGGCACGUUAAAGAUCCUCUAGUGGUCAGAAUUAAUCCGGAGUCCCCACGACUGCGCACCGCAUAAUAAAAUCGUGCUUUCGCCACGUAAAACGACAAAAUUCAAUUGUCUUACUCUGUAGAGACCCGUGGCUUCUGUGCGGCAAAGUUCGCAAACAACGCAGGCCUGAUGCGGUUGUUUCCAAAGCGAAAAAAGGUGGCAACGAAUUGUCUAUUUACGAAGUCAAGUCAACAGACUUAUCACUGUUGGCUGCCUUUGAAACUUUUAGUUGGCAAAGGCAUCUGCUCUUUUCUUCCCACUGAUGCGUAUACGUGCGAAGGUAUCGAGUAAAACCUUCCUUUAUCCCUU